CUCAGUAAAGAUGGCAGUAGCAUUUGCCAGGAGGGAGGCGGUGCUGCGCCUGCGCAACAAGCUCGGCAGGGAAGAUGGCGGAUGACAAGGAUUCUCUACCCAAGCUCAAGGACCUGGCAUUUCUCAAGAACCAGCUGGAGCGCUUGCAGCAGCGUGUGGAAGACGAAGUCAACAGUGGCGUAGACCAGGAUGGCUCGCUCUUGUCCUCUCCAUUCCUCAAGGGCUUCCUGGCUGGCUAUGUGGUGGCCAAACUGAGGGCGUCAGCAGUAUUAGGCUUUGCCGUGGGCACCUGCACUGGCAUAUAUGCAGCUCAGGCGUAUGCUGUGCCCAAUGUGGAGAAGACAUUGAGGGACUAUCUUCGAUCACUGCGCAAGGGGCCCGACUAG